AUGCGCUCCCCGCCGCUGCUGGCGCUGCCCCCGGAGGUCCUCGAGCAGGUCUUCCUGGCGCUGGCCCUCCCCGACAGCCUCCGUUUCAUGCGCACCUGCUCUCUUCUCAGAGACAUCUACAACGCCUCCGCCCACCUUCACUAUCUCGCCCUCCUCCAGACCUCCGCCUAUGUCGACUGCCUCGCCCAGAGCAGCACACCCCUCGACCGUCAUGACGAACAGCCGCUGUCCCCCACAUCAUCAGCUCCCGGGACGCCCAUUGCCAGACGGUCAAAUAAACCACUGGCAUGGCGUUCCCCCCACACCGGCAAGCUUCGCUCCACCGUCUCUUCCGUCACCCUUCCUCCCUGGCCCAAUGAGCCUCCUCAAUCACAGCCAUUCUCGUAUCCCACCAGUGCUGCUGAAAAGGCCUCAAAGCUGAGAGAUCGGGAGAAAAGGUGGGAGACGGUCGACUUCAGGGAACAGAGGCUGUUGAAGGUGCGAGGACGGGAAGGCGUUUAUGAGCUACAAGAGGGUAUAUUUUUGUUGUGCAACGAUGUCAGUGAUGAGGAAGAAGACAAGCCCUCGUCCAUCCGUUUGAUCCCUCUACCGUCGACAGACGACCCCAACCUGGAAGAUCCUCCAAUCCAGACAAAGGCAAACGAGCUCCAGAUGUCUAUAUCUGAUCUGACUAUGGACCCUUCUCAAGAUCUUAUCGUGAUCAGCGAAUACAACCCUGCAUCUCAAGAUGCCAUGCACCCAACCCCAACUCACCGCUACCAUCUCCUAUCCAUGUCUACUUUCAAGCCCCAUCCCCUAGCCACCUUUCCCACUCUCGAUUUCCCCCCUCGAACAGAUACUUUACCGCGCACCAGACAGCUCCUUCAAGUCAUGGGUGACACGCUCGCCGUCCUGGUGGCCAAAUAUAUCCCAUUCUGGAUCCUCAAUGCUUUCAACAUUGGAAACAUCUGGCAGAGAACGCACGAGGAGGAGCUAGUGUUCUGGAACUGGAAGACGGGAAGGGUGCUGUCUCGUUUUCCUUUCACUGAAAAGAUAUGGUUCUCCUCUUUUGCGCUGUUAUCUCCGACCACGUUCAUGGUGACCAACACGUCCCUCACGAUCCCCUAUGCUGGCCCUCCGACACCAGGCAUCUCGGCGCGAGACCGAAGACCUACUGUCCAAGUCUACUCCAUCGCCACCGAUCCUCUGCACAUGGUUAUCCCUUCUCAGCCUUUGCAGAAUGAAGUCAUGGACGACACGACCCCUCGACCAGUCCUGUUGGCUGUUUUGGAAAUGCCAAAGCUGGAUUCAGAUGUCCAGGUAGCUGGCUUUGACGUUCGGCCUGAUCCUCCUUUCCCUGCCCGGCCCAAAGAUAAAGCUGGACAAGAGCCUGCCCCGACCCUCACAAGACACAAGCCAUUCACACAGGAUCCUUCAAAGGGCAUCAUGGUGCUAGACUUUGUGUUGACUGAAAGGGUCGUCUUGGGUGAAAAUGCGGUCGACCGCAUCGAGACGUGGCCCUUCGAACUCUUCUUGCCUCGAGAGACUCUGGUCAAGCUGGGCGAAGAAGGGGAGGAGAGGCUGCGAGAUGCUUGGUCGGCCGGCGGGUGGGACGGACUUGGUGUCAGGGGUGCUCAACGGGAUCUGGAAUGGGAAGAAUGGGGAGAGAAGGGUGCAAGGCUGGUGGAUAAGAUCAUGCCAAAACGGAGCUGGGUGUGUUCAUGUUCUGGCUACCGAUACAUCUCGAUACUCCCGCAAGAUAAAUCACCGUUCUUUGAAUAUGAUCUCGACGACCAAGCUCCAGACGACGAUCCUCCCCAGCGUGACCCUAAUAUCCCCUACGAUCCUCAACCCUCACAUAUCAUGCUACUCGACUUUUCUCCCUACAACGUUCAGAAGGAACUGUCUCAGACAGUGCCCUAUCCGGACUCGGACGAUGUCGAGCCGCCGAGGAGAAGGCAAUGGGCUGGGGAGACGUUCGUGCCCCCAUUCACACAGGGGGAAGGGUGGAAGUCAAGGGUGGUGACCGAGCCUACGGUUUUGAGGAAGAAGAAUGUGUGGGAAGGGGAUGUUGUGAGUGGGUUGCCUUAUAGAGAAGUCUGGAGAGAGUACGGGGGGCUGGCGAAUGGGGUCAUGAUCGAUGAUCAGAGGGUCAUUGUGAUAAAGACCAAAGCGCAGAGAAAUGGUGACUGGUCUUCAAUAAGCCAGGAGAUGACUAUUCUGUGUCUAUGA